AUGGCCACUCAACCUCGUCUCAAAAUCGCCCUGAUCGGCCUCGGCCGCCUGGGCGCCAUUCGUGCACGCAUCCUUGCCUUCCAACAACCUCGCAUCCAGCUCGUCGCCGCUUGCGACACAAAACCCGGAUGCGACAAGUGGGUGGCAGAAAACCUUCCACCUUCUGUGAAAUACUAUGCAGAUCCCGAAGAUUGUAUGAAGAACAGCGGGGCCGAAGCUGUCCUCAUUUCCACAGCGACUGCCACACACGCUCCCCUGAUCUGCAUGGGUCUUGACCUAGGCCUUCACGUCAUGUGCGAGAAACCUAUAUCAGUGGAUGUCAUUACUACCGAAGAGGUCCUCGCCAAGGCCAAAUCUAAGCCUCACCUCAAGUUCCUGGUCCCAUUCUGUCGACGAUAUGAUGAUUCGUACCGUGCCGCGAAGGAGAUGGUCGAGAAUGGCUCGCUGGGCGAGAUUCACGCUGUCGAGACCACCUGCCUUGAUCAGCAGGAUCCUACUGGAUUCUUCGUCACUUUCUCCGCACAGUCCGGAGGUAUCUUUGUUGACAUGGGUGUUCACGACAUCGACAUUGGGAGGUACUACUUGAAUGUCACGUCGGGCCUGAAAAACCCCAAGAAGCAAGUCAAUAGGGUUGUUGCCAUGGGACAGCAGGCUGUUUAUGGCGACCUUGCGAAGUACGGCGACUGCGACAACGGCUGGGCUAUGGUCGAGUUCGCCAACGGCAAGGUACUCACAUCUCACCUGGGCCGGACCCUCACAAACGGGUUUGAGAGCUGCACUCGUGUGUGCGGGACCAAGGCACAUUCUGUCGUCAACGGCAACUCGACGAUCAACCGUGUCGAGAUUCGUGAUUCCCACGGUGUGCGGACUGCCACCACGCCGGAUGCAUUUGUUCUCUACGACAAAUCAUUCCUCAACGACCUGGCUGAGUUCGCGGCUGCUGUGCUCGACGACAAGGCCCUUACUUGUACUCCAGAUGACGCCUACGAGGCAGCUAAGAUUGCCACCGCUCUGCAGUACUCAUUCCGUAAUAGCGUCCCGGUCUACUUUGACGACGACGGCCUGCCUAUCAUGGAGACUCCUAAGGCAAAGGGUGGUUGA